CCGAAAGCAGACCGUCAAACGUUACUAGAAGAAGCAGCAGCAGCAGCAGCGCACGAGACGAGAUGCGUGUCUGUAGUGUGUGGAUGAGAUGAAACAGUUUCUUCACAUGUUUGUGCUGUAAAUGUCUGUUGUGUGUGCUGACUCCUGCGGCUGGCUGCUGGACUCCUGCUCUCACACAGAUGAGGGUCUGCAGCGCUGCGUUUCUGACAGCGAUGGGCUUCAAAAGCCACAAUACUUUAAAUGCUGUUUCAAGAGGGAGUAUUUUAAUACACUGAAACCCCACGUUCAGAUUCAACAAAACACAGAUAUCUCGACGAUGAACACUGCAAAACAUAGCAAUGCUGAACAAGCAAAAAUUGAUCUACAAACACGAAAGAAACGAAAGAGAAAGCAGCGUGAUCUUAAUAAAGGAGAGCUGGAUGCCCAUAUUUAUCAUGGAAAGAUCAGGUCAGUGGUUCUGGAGGGCUCUCAGGCUCUUCUGGAAGCUGGACGUCAGUGUGGAUACUUGACAGAAGCUUUGACCGCACCACCUUCUCAAUCCAUGCCAUCACACGAGUGCCGGCUAGCUGCGUUAUGUGACCUGGCGAAACAGCUCCCGUUAACAGACGAGUCUGUGGAGGCACCAGUGCAGACGCUGAACAGAGAUGGUGUGGACCCAACGCUGGACCUGUUCUCAUACAUCACUGAAAACCCAUCCGACUGCGCUUAUGAGGUCACGUUGAUGAAGGAGAAGUAUCUUUUGCCGCCCCGCAGCCGAUUCCUGUUGUCUGACAUCACACGUAUGCAUCCACUUGUCAACAGUGGAGACAAAUUUGACCUUAUUGUCCUUGAUCCACCAUGGGAGAACAAAUCUGUCAAAAGAAGCAACAGAUACAGCUCUCUGCCGUCCUCUCAGCUCAAACAGCUUCCAGUGCCGGCACUGGCUGCUCCAGAAUGCUUGGUGGUUACGUGGGUAACUAACCGGGCGAAGCACCUGCGUUUCAUCAGAGAAGAGCUCUACCCGUACUGGGCGGUUGAAGUGCUGGCAGAAUGGCUCUGGGUGAAGGUGACCCGAGCAGGAGAGUUUGUGUUUCCUCUGGAUUCACCGCACAAGAAGCCUUAUGAAGUGCUGGUGCUGGGCAGGUAUCGAUCCGUCAGGUCUUCAGAAGCAGAGGAGCUUCCAGAGCAGCGGCUCCUCAUCAGCGUCCCAUCAAUCCUGCACUCCCAUAAACCUUCAUUAUCAGCUGUGUUAAAGCCCUACAUUAGCCCCAAGCCCAAGUGUUUGGAGCUGUUUGCCCGAAGUCUCCAGUGCGACUGGACCAGCUGGGGAAACGAAGUCUUCAAGUUCCAGCACAGCAGCUAUUUCACCAGACAGAGAUCCGAGGAGUCGUCUGAGACAUCCGAGACGCCUAAUAUACAGUAGCUCACGCUUUCAGUACAUAUUUCUAAAUGGAUACCAGCAGGUUUCGGUUCACUGCAUUCAGUGGACAUUAUAUGAUAUUAAAAAGUAAGAUGCAGUACAGUUGUGUCUUCAUCAGAACAGUGUAUUUUAAUACCAGACAGAAACAACAGUAUUUCUGGACUCCACAAUUUUAAUUUCUGCUGGUCUGGAGAGUAGUAGGGGUUUGUUCUUGCCCUGCCAACAAUUUCUCUGUUUUUAGAAACAUUUUCAGUGCGUGUCAGAAAUGUUAUGGUACUCCGUGUCUUGUCAGUUCAUUCUCUGAUAAUUUUUUGAGGAUAAUUUGCUAGUUUUUGACCAAUGCACCUGCAUUUUGGACUCUGGCAGUUUGACUUUUAUUGUGUCAUGUUGGUUGCAGAGGUUUUGUACCUUUUUUUUACAUGAGAUAUAUGCUUGACAUUAAAACUUAUAUGAAAAGACCCUUGCAGCUGUAUUUG